AACAGCGGCCUUCCAGUGAAAAGACAGAGGCGCGUAAUAAGGAGCACAGUGCACAUGUGUUUAAAGGCAUGUUUUUAGGUGAAUAGUUUAUAGUUUGGAUUUGUUUUCUGUCGAUACCAUUGUUCCCCAAUGGAGGAAGUUGAUGUUGAGCCGGCGGUAACUUAUAUUCCUGGAAUCAGACCUGGAAAUCACAUGGGCUUUGCAUGGGGUCCUGGUGAUAUCCUUGUGUAUGAGACUCUAUACAAAGCAUCAGGAGCUAAAGGAUCAGGUUGUGCUUUCAUUCACAUGGUCAGGAAAGAUGAGGACAUAUAUUCUCCUAUUUUACGCAAACUGUUUAAUGAGUCCCAUCACAUCUUUGUUGGGCUGCAGGCGAUUAAAGAGGAUCUCCCGAGCAAGAGCAAGAAACCACAAUUUGUCAGCAUCAGCAGAAACUAUAGGUCUGUAAUUCGAGCCUGUAUGGAAGAGCUUCAACAGGUUGCAGUUUCAACAAAAGAGACAGAGAUGUGCACACAGUAUGGGAAUCAGGUCUCUAUUCUCUUGGCCAUAGAACUGAUCUGGAAUCUGUGUGAAGUGCUUUUCAUCGAUGCUGCUCCUGCCGGCUCUCUCCUGCUCCACCUUCUGGACUGGGUGAGGUUACACAAAGCGGAUGUGGAUGAGAAAGCCAAGCAUGUGCUGCAAAGUGACAGCCCUGUUGAGCACAAUGACUACUGGGAUGUGGUGGUGAGCUACGUCCUGCAGGGAAGGUUAGAAGAAGCCAGACAGAUGCUGGUGAAACAGGCAUCACUGCAGCCUGCAUCCAGAAACAUGUACAAGCUGAUGGAUAACUUGCUCAGCAAGAUGCCCUUCUACAAUCCUGGUGGCACUCAAACGCUAACAGAGUUUGAUGUGAAGUGGAGGAACUGGCACGAGGAGGUGGACCGUUGUCUGAAGGACAACUCGUUUGCAAGUAACCGGCACCUGGAGCUCAUCUGUAAGAUCAUUCUGGGUGACGAAGACACUUUACUGGAGCACAAGGAGCUGCUCAGCACCUGGUAUCACUUCCUUGUCACGAGACUGCUCUACUGCCACCCCACAGUGAAACCCACCGAGUUGCAUUUCUAUGCACAGUCAUGCAUGACAAUGUUUCUGGACUCGGGCGUGCCAGAACCUUUAGACAACAUCCUCCUAGCUGCCUUUGAGUUUGACAUUCAUCAAGUCAUCAAGGACUGCAGCAUUGCUCUUAACAACUGGUGGUUUGUGGCUCAUUUAACGGACCUGCUGGAUCACUGCAAACUCCUUCAGUCUCAUAAUCUGCACUUUGGAUCCAACUUGAGAGAGUUUCUGCUGUUGGAAUAUGCUGCUGGAUUAUUCACUCACCACAGUCUCUGGCAGUGCGCUGUGGAUUACUUCGAUCACUGUCCUGAAUUUGGACGCGUCUAUCUUGAGCUGCAGAUCGAGCGUGUACCUUUGGACACGGAGCGCAAAGCGCUCAAAGUGCUCCGAAUUUGCGAGGAGAGGCAAAUGUCAGAGCAAGUGCGGAGUAUCUGUAAGAUCAUGGCCAUGCGGGCUUUAAGGAACAACAGACUGGGUUCUGCUCUCUCCUGGAGCAUCAGAGCUAAAGAUGCUGCCUUCGCAACCCUCAUUUCAGAGAGGUUUUUGCAGGAUUAUUGCGCCAAAGGGACCUUCUCCGAUCUGGAUCUGAUUGACAACUUGGGUCCAGCGAUGCUGCUCAGCGACAGGCUCACUUUCCUUGGGAAGUACCGCGAGUUCCACAAACUGUACGGAGAGAAGCGUUUCAGGGAGGCCGCUAAGCUGCUCCUCUCCCUCAUGACAGCGAAGAUUGCUCCCCGAAGCUUCUGGAUGACGCUGCUGACCGAUGCUCUGCCACUGCUGGAGCAGAAGGAGGUGAUCUUCUCCGCAGACCAAACUUAUGAGUUGAUGUUCUGCUUGGAGGAGCUCACCUCCUCUCUGAACGCUGCAGCUCCUGGAACAGACCGACCCAUGCAGGAGGACGACAUCGAGGUGACCAAGGUGGAGCUGCUGAGACUCGCUCUGGCCAGAAAUUUGGCUUCAGCCAUCGUCAAAGAGGGAACAAUAGAAACAUGAGGGGGGUUGAUCAUUAAAAGAAAGUUAUGAGCUUUUUUUUUUUGUACUGUAUAUAAAGCGACGUCAUCA